AGUCUCGAAAUCAGAUCUUUUCCGAAUGGCUUUCGUCGGAUCGGGUACAGUGUUAGGACGAGGAAUGGUUUUCGUCGGAUCGGGUACAGUCUUAGGACGAGGGAUUACUUUCGUCGGAUCGGGUACAGUAUUAGGACGAGGAAUGGCUUUCGUCGGAUCGGGUACAGUCUUAGGACGAGGAAUGGCUUUCGUCGGAUCGGGUACAGUCUUAGGACGAGGAAUGGCUUCCGUCGGAUCGGGUACAGUCUUAGGAUCGGGUACAGUCUUAGGACGAGGAAUGGCUUCCGUCGGAUCGGGUACAGUCUUAGGACGAGGGAUUACUUUCGUCGGAUCCGGUACAGUAUUAGGACGAGGAAUGGCUUUGGUCGGAUCGGGUACAGUAUUAGGACGAGGAAUGGCUUUCAUCGGAUCGGGUACAGUCUUUGGACGAGGAAUGGCUUCCGUCGGAUCGGGUAGAGUCUUAGGACGAGGAAUGGAUUCCGUCGGAUCGGGUACAGUCUUAGGACGAGGAAUGGCUUUCGUCGGAUCGGGUACAGUAUUAGGACGAGGAAUGGCUUUCGUCGGAUCGGGUACAGUCUUAGGACGAGGAAUGGCUUUCGUCGGAUCGGGUACAGUCUUAGGACGAGGAAUGGAUUCCGUCGGAUCGGGUACAGUCUUAGGACGAGGAAUGGAUUUCGUCGGAUCGGGUACAGUCUUAGGACGAGGAAUGGCUUCCGUCGGAUCGGGUACAGUCUUAGGACGAGGAAUGGCUUUCGUCGGAUCGGGUACAGUCUUAGGACGAGGAAUGGCUUUCGUCGGAUCGGGUACAGUCUUGGGACGAGGAAUGGCUUUCGUCGGAUCGGGUACAGUCUUAGGACGAGGAAUGGCUUUCGUCGGAUCGGGGAAUCUUACAUGGUCUUCGGGUACAACGAGAGGAAUGGCUUUCGUCGGAUCGGGUACAGUCUUAGGACGAGGAAUGGCUUUCGUCGGAUCGGGUACAGUCUUAGGACGAGGAAUGGCUUUCGUCGGAUCGGGUACAGUGGGACGAGGAAUGGUUUCGUCGGAUCGGGUACAGUCUUGGGACGAGGAAUGGCUUUCGUCGGAUCGGGUAGAAUCUUAG